AAAUAGAAAGAAGAAACCUUGCUUGUGCUUAUAACAUCUAUUUAAUUAGGGUUGCUUGUUCAAGUAGAAUUGAUUUAUUUAUUGUUUGAAUUAGCUUUGCAUCUUAUAAAUUCUUUGCGGAGAAGAACAACAAAUUAUGUGAUUGUGUUCAACUAUACAAUGUACCAUAUAUACCAUAGAUUCGCAUUCAUUAUCAACAAUUAGCAGAUGUAUUCUCUAAUUCUAAACACUGAGCUAUUUUUGCAUUUUAAUUACUAGUUUGUUUAGUUUUAUUAAUUAAAAAACAUGUGUAUUAUAAGAUAAUUCGUGUUCAACUUUCAAAGAAAAAACAAAGAAUAAAACUAGUUAGGUCUUACCUUUUUUUUUUUUUGGUCAAAAUAAGUUAGGUCUUUCCUGAGAAUGAAGAAAGAACCGCAUGCAGGCAUGAAAUCAAAUGGUUGAUAAAAAAGUCAAAACAUAUUAAGGAACCACACGUGAGAGAGAGAGAGAGAGAGAGAGAGUUGGCAUUUAUGCUUCUCUUCCCCCUGUCUCUCUCUCGUCUCUCUCCAUUGGUGCUUUUAUCUCAGAGUGCUCUGUUGAUUUCUGGAGAACUAUAAUUUUCAAAAUCCUCGUACAUCAAUCAAAGAAAUCUUUAUCAUCACCAACAAACAAAAGUUAUUAGCUUUCUGCUUCUCUUAUAAUUUCAGUCAAUAGUUUGUAAUCUAACACUCCAACCCCUUUUGUCUCCUAAUUUGUUUUAUAAAACUAUAUUAACAGUGGACCACUUUUUUUUUUAUAGUGUACCUUGAAUUUGAAGUUCACUCAUUAUUAAUUUGUAGCCCCCUAUUUUAUACUUCCUUCUUUCCUUCAAUCCUUGUCUUUCUCCUUUAGCAACUCCACCUCCCCAUCCUUACCCUGGGAGAGCAUGCCUGGAUGUCCAGAGAAAGGGAGAGAUUUGAUGAGGUAGGCAAGAAGUUUACAAGAGAAACUGAUGCUUCCCAUUAUCAAAUGGGAAGAAGACACAUGUUGGGCCCUCCUGGAACCCUAAACACCAUCACUCCUUGUGCUGCCUGUAAACUCCUCAGACGAAGGUGUUCACAGGAAUGCCCCUUCUCUCCUUACUUCUCUCCCCACGAACCCCAGAAGUUUGCCUCGGUCCAUAAGGUCUUUGGUGCCAGCAACGUCUCGAAGAUGCUCAUGGAGGUGCCGGAGACUCAAAGAGCAGAUGCAGCAAAUAGUCUUGUUUAUGAAGCAAAUGUGAGGCUAAGAGAUCCGGUGUAUGGAUGCAUGGGUGUAAUUUCAGCUUUGCAACAACAAGUUCAAUCUUUACAAGCUGAGCUGAACGCAGUAAGGGGCGAGAUACUUAAAUACAAAUAUAGGGAAGCAAAUCUCCUUCCUUCUAAUUCUCAUCAUCAUAUGGCUUUGUUCUCUACUUCCGGGGCUGUUUCCGUUGCUUCCUUGCCGCAGACCCCACAACCACCGCCGCCACCAUCACCGCCACCUCCUCUACCUCCUACUUCUUCCUCUUCUUCUAUGUACACGAAUCAACAAACCAGUGCCGUGGACUAUACCUCCCUUUCAAGUGAAAAUGUUUCCUUCUUUGGUUAAAUUUUAAUUUUUAGACUGAAAUUAAGAUGUCGAUCCCAUUUAAUUUUCUUAUUAUGAUGAUUCUUCAAGUGGAAUAAAAUGAUGAUACAGAGAGAUGUUUUAUAAUUGAUAUACGGUUUCUUGGGAGGUUUUUAGUUUCUUAGGUACCGUCUUAAUCCAUUUUAGGUCCUUAUUUUGUCGCCAGAUAUUGUUGGUUGUUGUGUUCCUUUCCUCAUGCUAAAUUUAAUUUCCACCACUUGUUCUUCUUCCUAGUUAUUCAACGAAACUAAGGCAUGUCCAAAUUAAAACUCGUGCUCUAGCCACCAAAACCAAACCUGUUAAUUUGUUCAAUUGUCGCACAUUAUUCAUGAUAUUAUAUGUUGAACAUGCAGUAUUACCUCUCUGCCAUGUAACAUGUUUUUGAAUUAUUUGAUCCUUAUAUAUGUUAUUUACAAA